AAUUGUAUCAAAAAACAGUUAAAGGAUCCAUCUAUACUUUCUGAAAAACUACAAGGGUUUUUUUACUGGUCUUCUUUCCCGUUCUAUUUUGCUCCUCUUCACUUUCAUGAAAAUGCAAAAGGACGGUCAAAAGAAGAAGGGGGAAACAAUCUACAGAGGAUCAAUCUUGUGAUGGGAAUGAGUAAAACAGCAAUCAACUUACAAAGAUUGCUGGCAGCUGCUCCUCGCCAGCAAAAUCAAGCGAAAUUAAUACAUUAUGUUGCUACGUUAAGGGAACAAUUGGAACAAUUAGCCGAAGAGAGAACUCCAGAUGGCUUACCUAGAGUUUCAAAGGCCAAAGUGAAUGAAUAUUCUGAGAAGAUUGAAGCCAUUGCUUCCAACAUAGCUGCUUCAUUGCCUCAUAUUAGGGUAUCCGAAGACACUUUGGGUGAGAGUCCAAAAAAAGAAAGUCCCAGUGCCGAUGAAGAAACUAACUUUCCUUCCUCUCCUGGCUUGAGAAGAAGAUUUGUGGGAGCGUCAAACAUUGAUGACAGAACUCGUGACACUACUCAUGCCGAUACAUCAACACCUGUCAAAUUGGAUACUGCAGCAAAAGCUCAUAUUGAAAAGCACAGAAAUCUCCAAGAGAACUUAACUGAUGAAAUGGUUGGAUUGGCACAACAACUUAAAGAGAGUAGUCUUCUAAUGAGUCAGUCCCUGCAAAAUACUGAGAAGAUACUUGAUUCUACAGAGAAGGCGGUUGAGCAAAGCUUGGCUAGCACUGGGCGUGCCAAUGUUCGAGCCCUCGACAUAUAUUCAAAAAGUUCAAAAACAACAUGCUUCACAUGGCUUGUGAUGUUUUUAAUGACAUGUAUUUUCAUCAUGGUUGUACUCCUAAUUCGUGUCACUUGAAAGUAUUUCUUUGAUAUAUGUUUCGGUUUAAACAGAUUCUAUCUUUACUUAAAAAUUUAAACCAGUGAUCAGUUUUUUUUA